CUUCGCCUCGCUCGGCUGUGGCGCGUGAUCUUAUCGCCCGUUGGGCGCCCGUUGGGAUGGACCGCCCCCCUCAGCCGCCGUUGCCGCCAUGCCGCCCCCUGAGAUGAGAAUGCCCUCGCCGGCACCAGCAGCAUUAGUUGCAGCAGCAGCGGCGGCGCCGGUCGACCUCAUGACGGCGUCCGCCGCUAAGAAGACCGCCGCUUCGAAGGAGCAGAAAGUUCGAAUCGCAGAGGAGGCCCGCCGUAAGUCCCAGGGGAAUGCCCGUUAGUCAGGACGCACGAGUGCUGGGUGGGGUGCGUGUGCACGGCUCUUUCCAUGUCUGUGUCGGUUUACGAUGCAGGCCUGAUAGAGGGGCCGAAACGGCAGGUGGAGCAUUUCAUCAAAGAGCACCACCACUUCAAGGGUGAGUCUUCAGGCAGCAACAGUGGGGACAAAGAACGAGAUCCACAAAGAAUGGUGUCUGUGUGUCUGUCCGUCCAAGGAGAUCGAGGGACAUGAGUGACCAGCUCUUCCGUGCGCUCGGCAGCAUCGCCAAGCUCGAGUACAGACAGGUGCGACCAUCCACAGACCUAUGUCGUUCGAUGCUCUCCCUCUGCACGCGAUGCGAUGUGUCCAUCUGCGCAUUUCUUGUGCAUUGAUUGAUGUGUGCAGGACAAGCUGGUGCAGCUGGCGAGGGAGCGAGGGGUAAGCAAAGGAGACAGACAGACCUUCACACACAAGCUUGACGCUGGCACCCCGUACGCUUAUCAACCCAUCUGGACACAUUCAUUUGUGUGUAUGCUGCCAUCCAGAAACGCAUCCGUACCCUCGAAAACGAGCUGCGUGCCUAUCGCGACGCGCCCCCGCCCCCCGACGCAGACAUGCCACCGCACGAAGGGCCGCCCCCUGACACACAGAAAUCCACAAUGGUGUCUGUGUGUCUGUGUGCGUGCAGGGGAGGCGAGGGAGUUGAGGGAGGAGCUCUUCCGUGCGAGGGACAGCAUCGACACACUCGCGAAGAGACAGGUGCGACCAUGCACAGUAAGUACACCUAUGUCGUUCGAUGCUCUCUCUCUGCACGCGAUAUGUCCAUUUGCGCAUCGUGCAUUGAUUGAUGUGUGCAGAAGACGCUGGUGGAGUUGGUGAAAGAGCGAGACGUAAGCAAAGCAGACAGACCUUUACACACAAGCUUGACACUGGCCCCCCGUACGUCCAUCCAUCCAUCUGGACACAUUCAUUUGUGUGUAUGCUGCCAUCCAGAACCACAAGAAGCACCUACACGCCCGUAUCGCUGCCCUCGAAUUAGAGCUGCGUGCCUACCGCGACGCACACGACCACUCGUGACGGAUAGUCGUGACAUGGCUGGCAUGCCUUCGUGUAUGUGUGUUUUUGUGUCUGUGUGUUUCAGUGACUACGUACGAGGCACUGCACGCUGCAUGCCGCGUCGACCCCACACGCCCCGACCACGUGUUCGACGGCAACAGGCUCAUCAUCGGCAGUCGACGCGCACCGCUGCGCACCCUGAGGUGGUUCGAGCAGCUAUAGCGGUCAGCGAUUUCUCUUGGUGCCUUUCGCCUCGGCUGGUGCCGCCAGCGACGAGGGCUAUUGACGGCAUCGGACAGGUACGGCUGGACGAGGGCGGAAGGCCAAUGCUCAAAAUUGACGAUUCAUUCAUCGACUUCUGCAGGCGCCUCUGUGUUGGGCGGGGCAGUCAGCCCGGCAGGACGAGGAGCGGCUCAUGAAACACCUGAAGGAGAAGGAGCAGAGCUUCACCAUCAUCCUCAAGAAGAUCAAGAAGUGCCGGAAGGCCCUCCAAGCCAUCGCUCGUCUCGAGGCGCGGAAGCCCAGUACGUUGCUGCUCUGUGUUGGGCGUGGUGACGUUCACGAGUCGACAUGGCCUCUCGGACGGAUCCGGGGGCCCGCCUGGCUCAGCGCAUUGGGGCGCGUUUGUUAGGGAUGCCGGACGUGUACAGCGACACGCCGGAUUUGGUGUGUUGGAAGCUGAAGGCGCUGAUGCACCAGGAGCCCGAGGUGAGGUGCAGGCAGGGAUACACACAGACCGCAUGUGGCCGGGCAGCGAGAUGCAUGGUGUGUGUCCGUCCGUUUGUUCGGUGCAGUUGCUGUGUGAGUGCGGGGAAGCCAACAAAAGAAGAUCAAGAUGAUGUCAAGGGAAAUGCGGGGAAGAGCGGCUCCCUGGGGAAGAGCGACCACCGAUCGCUCCCUACAUUUUAUAUCUGCAGUGUGUUUCUGUCGAUUUUCACCGGCAUACUGCUCGUGGAGGGCGUGUCCCGUGUCGGGCUUGUGUGACAUCAUCGUGUGUGGUUAGCGGAUGGCAGAGACAACAUGCGAUGAUGUGAAA